CGGCCGAGGAAAAAAGUGGGAAACCCAGGGGGCAAACCGAGAAACCGCUCCAAAAGUGCCGAGCAAAAGCAGGAGCGCUGCAGCCUGCAGAGCACGGGGUACUGUACCUCUAUAAGCUCUUCUCCCAAAGCCCACCACCACCACCCCAAACCCCCACCCCGGACACCCUCACCACCUCCUCCAUCUCUUCCUCUUCUUCCCUUCCCUCCCUGGGCACCAAACCCUAACAAACCUCCCGGGAGGAGGAGGCUAAAACCCUAGCUCACCAUGAAGACGCUGUGCUCCAAGUCCAGCAAGGGCGGCAAGAUCCACCCAUCCCCCAUCUCCGGCGACGUCGACCCGACGGCGGCGGCGCUGCGGCUCCUCCCCGCCGCCAUCCUCGUGCUCACCGCCGCGCUCUGUCCCGAGGACCAGCAGGUGCUCGCGUACCUGGUCACCCGCUCCCUCCAGGGCGCCGCCACUCCGACGCCGGAGCCGCAAGUUGCCCGCGGCCGCCGCCGCCGCGCCCACCCGCCGGCCAUCGGGUGUGGGUGCUUCGACUGCUACACAAGCUUCUGGUCGCGCUGGGACUGCUCCCCCAACCGCGAGCUCAUCCAUGUCGUCAUCGAUGCCUUCGAGGACCACCUGGCUGCCGCCGAGUCCGCGCCGUCCACCCCUUCCUCUUCCUCCAAGCGCCGGGACAAGGGCAAGCGCAAGCCCCCACCGACGCCGCCGACGCCGCCGCUGCGGUCGCUGAUGUCCCCUGAGUCAUCGGAGUCCCAGUCGGAGAAAGUUCAAGAGCCCCCAUCUGCCCCAGCCUCUCCUCCUCCUCCUCCGUCGCCGCCGCCUGCUGUUCCCGCAGCGACCACCCUCGAGAGCUCCGACGAGGAGAAGGCACCAGAAGAUUCCUCGGAGGUAAAGUUGGAGAUGGAUGCAGAGGCCGUGGUGGAGAAUGCGGAUGCAGGGGAGGAAGAAGAGGAGCGGAAGCGCGGGUGGGCGGACGUGAUGGGGGGAAUGCUUAACCUGCGGCUGUGGGGAAUUUGGAGUCCGGCCGUCGAGAGCGCCACCUAGAGCACCGCAGCUUACCACCACCAGAAGCAAAUCAACUAGCAAGAUGAGGUUAGGGGGGCAGGGUCAAGAACAUCUUUUUAAUUUGGGGGUUUCUUUUGCUGUGAAAUAGGAAUGUGAAUGGAGCAAGCAAGAAGUGGUAGUUUCCUUUCUUGGGGAAAAAUCAGGUGAUGGCUGGUAAUAAUUCUAGCUCUGUAAUGGUCAUUGAUGGUGGUGGUGGUGGUGUUUUGGCACAAUGGAGGAAGAAGACAUGGGUACCGUGAAAAAGCUUGCCUUGCCUUUCUCUAAUUUCCUACUAGCUUGUAACCUCUGGUUUAUGGAAUGGUUUGCUAUGAUCAUAUAUGACUUUUAUCUUGACC